GGGCCCUUCGCAGCGGCGCGGCGGGUCCUGGCAGGGUGAGGGGGCCCCUUAGGGUCCUGGCAGGUUGGAGGGUCCCCAUAGCGACGGGGCUGGGUCCUGGCAGGUUCAGGGGGUCCCCUAGGGUCCUGGCAGGUUGAGGGGUCCUCUAAGGUCCUGGAAGGUUGAGGGGGGGUCCCCUAAGGUCCUGGCAGGUUGAGGGGUGCCCCAGCAGCAGGGCAGCCGGGGGCGCAGGUCGGGCGUCCACCGUGGUGGGGGCUUGGGGACGUCGCUCGGAGUCCCCUCCAUGUCCUCAUCCCCUACGCUGAGACCCCUGAGGCUCCGAUCCAUCACCCACAGCGCGGUGCUGGGGCACGGGAGCCCUGCCCGCGGGGUCCCCGCGGGGGGACGAGGGACGGGGGAGCAGCACUGGCAGCAGCGCCGACACGCUGGGCACCCAGUUGUGGCUCUCCCGUGCCUGUAACCGAUAGUAACCAUGCCAGCCCAGAAGGACAGAUGGUUUCCUUCCUUCUCUUUCCUGCUCUUCUGCGCUUCCUUCAUUCCCAUGCUGGGAAGUACAAGUCUGCUACAGGAGUUGAGCCCCCAGGAGUAUUUCAGUAGCUUGCAAGCUGGAAGGGCAUCCCUGGCUUAUUUCAGCCAUAACGUUUCUCCUGGUGCCCAGCCCUUCUUGGAACAGAUUGAGAACUCAGUCGAGGCUCUGCAGGACUAUGGCAUUUCAGUGGUGAAGGUUAACUGUCCCAAAGAGGACGUCUCAAGAUACUGUGGAAAAGAAAAUGCAUUAAGGAAAGCCUACCUGUUCAGAGGGAACAUGCUGAUCAGAGAAUUUCCUACUGAUGCCUUGUUUGAUGUGAACUCCAUUGUUGCUAAUGUUCUGUUUGCCCUGCUCUUUAAUGAAGUUAAGUAUGUUGAAACACUGACGGAUCUUCAGAACAUAGAAAAUGCACUGAAAGGGAGGUCGAACAUGGUCUUCGUGUAUGUACCAGCUACUGGAACAGCAGAGCACAGAGCUGUGAUGGAAGUGGCUUUUGUCUACGGGACUGUCCACCAGUUUGUUCUGACAACUGAGGCAACACUGUUGAAAGACACCGGCAGCGAUGAGCCUGAUGCAUCAUCUGCCCGGCUGUUGUUCUGCCACUGCCAGCAGGCCACGGACGUGGCGCAGCCCUGCAGGAAGACACCCCUGGAGCAGGAUCUGACCGUGCUAAACAUCCACAGACACCUCAAGCUCAUGGGGGCUCCUCUUGUGACAGAGGUUGCUGAGGACCCAGAGAAGGUUUCCACUGUUCACUUACAGCUUGGGCUGCCACUUGUGUUCAUCCUCAGCCAGAAAGAGACCUACGAGGCAGACAGGAGAACAGCAGAGUUUUUGGCCUGGCAGCUCUUGGGGAAAGCAGGAGUCGCCCUUUUGUCCAGGGACCUCGUGGAUUUGAAUGUUCUGCUCCGGUCAAACGUCGCUCUCAAGACACCAGAUGAGGGAGUGCCGAUCAAAUACCUGGUCUUGGAAGACACCGAUGAAGUUAUAACCCUGGUGGAAGAUAAGAGCAAGGUCGAACAAAUCCAGGAGGAUGAGGAUGAGGAAGAUGAGGAUGAAAAAGAGAAUGACAAUCAAGACGUUCAGGAUGAUCAGGUGGUGGAAGCAGUUUCCAGGGACAAGAAGCGAGAGCUGCCCUUGGAGCAGAUCCUUACCCUGACGGAAGAGACCUUUCACUCUGCCAUGUUGAAAGCUGCCCAGACGGUGGUGCUGUUUUAUGCCAGCUGGGAGGCAGUGUCUCUGGCAGUGCUACAGUCUUACACAGAGGUGGCUGAUCACCUGAAAGGAGUUCAGGGGGUUUUGCUCUCUCGGGUAAACUGCUGGGACUGGCCUGGUGUUUGCACGACAGAGAAUGUCACCCAGUUUCCUACCAUAAAGAUUUACAAGAGGGGAGAGCAACCGUUAAUGUACAAUGGCAUGUUGGGAACUGAAGAACUGACCAGCUUCAUCAUGUUGAGCCGAGUUUCCUGCCCUCUGAAGCUGAUGACGAUUGAUGAAGCAGAAGGGUACUUAAGAGGAGAGCUUCCAACUGAGCUGUCGUCCUAUCACCACGCUUCAGUUCUAGGAGUAUUUAGCACAGCCAUGAGUAAAGCCAGGGAAGCUUUCAUAGAGGCAGGAAGCAUCUUAAGUGGGCACGUGACAAUGGGGAUGUAUUUUGAAGACGAUGCCUUGGCUUUUCACUUUUUCAGGUCCCGUAAGUACGCAGUGUCUCCCCCAGCCCUCCUCCUUGCCAGGAGCGGAGAUCGGAGUGUGGAAGGCAUCGCUUUGUCCAAAGAGAGUGCGCAGGACAUCGUGCAGAUGAUCAGAUACAGAUUGCUGGACACAUUUCCAGAAAUCACUGUGCAAAAUCUGCCUCACUACUUGCAGCUCAGGAAGCCCUUCCUCAUCUUGUUUAGCGAUGGUGACAUCGGUCAGCUGGAAAGCAAGGAAAUGCUGAAGCUGGCAAAAGGGAUACCCCAGCAAGUGUUUAUACCUUGCUGGUUGAACUUGAAGAACACUCCAGUGGGCCACGGGGUCCUGAAGGCAUACUUUGCCACCGUGCCUUCGUUGCCUGUUCUCGUCUGGGUGAACCUUCACGCUGGGGGUCAAGUGUUCAAGUUCCCAUCAGAGCAGUCUGUCACCGAAACGAACAUCUUGUCUUGGCUGGAGAAGCUGAAGGCAGGACUGGAGAUUCCCAGCAGUACCUUAUCUGAGGAAGACUGGAAACCACCUCUUCCUGCUUACAAUUUCCUCCAAAUGAUGGACACCACAGCGCCCGAAUUCACCCUCCGUGCCUCCUACCGCCACGGGGACGGGCAGGAGCAGCAGCAGCCAGAAGGCUCUGAAGAGAAGGCCACAGUGCGAGAGGAAACGCCUGAGGAAGCUGGGGUGAAGGCAGAGAAAGUCCAGUCCCCCGGGAGGGACCUGCGUGGGACAGCCCCGAGGCUGGCAGGGAGGGAAAAGCAGGCCAAGAGACACAGUGAGCUGUGAGAGUGAAAGGCUGUGGGACAGUGCCCAGAAAAAACUCUCUCACUUUCUCAGCCCUCGGUGAGCCUGUGCAACAGAGAGAGAAGGGAGUUUGGCUGUAAAUUGGUGGCGAGGGGAUAAAACAGCCCCUGAGUUUCAGUUUAAGUUCCCCGUGGCACUGUGUUGGUAGUUCUGUGGAACCUGGUAUUUCUCACACCAGAAAUGUGUCCGUACAACCUCCUGGGUGCUGUCCACAUCGCAUUUCACAGCGAAUCACGGGAGCAGAGCUGCAUGGAGGUGGCUGCCGAGGAGUUCUGCCUGCCUGAUAGUUAACGGAGCGGCAGGGUGAGCUCACCGUGCACACGGAGCGCUUGCCUCCCCACCAAAUCGUGCCAGAAAAGUUGAAUCAGCACAGCCCUUCUGUACGGUUUCUGUAUAUCUCAUGAAGAUGCUCUGGUUACCCUGGGCAGGAAGAGUGAGUGAUUCCAGGACAAAGAGCACUUCUCUCCCCUUGGUUCCAGUAGAGGCUCUGCAGAUCUGUCGGCGAGCUCUGCCCUCGAUAAGCAGUUCAGUCUGCAGUGUAACUACGCAGAGCCGUGAGGGCAAACAUUCCACUCACCCCAAAUCUGCAGUGUUUAAACUGACACACAGCUGUUUACACCUGAGUCAGGAACUGAAUUCAUUAGUGUUCAUCCUCGGGGGUAACAGCAGUAUCUGGCUAAGGUGGCUUUAUUAUGAAGGCCAGAACUCGGGUCAUCACAGCAGCUGUGAGUACCCAGCACAAAUAUUUGCCAGCAAAGCCCAAGGGUGGGCAGAUUGGGCGAUGGCUUUUCUCAGUGCUGGCAUUUUCUUGGUUGCAAGCCCAGGGGGUUAUUUACAGCCUCUGCUAUUUUUCUGUGGUCUCAGUAACAGCAAUGAGGUUGGUGCCUUCUGAGCCAAGGAUGGUGCAGGGAAUGAGGUGUGUGGGAAGGCCAGCAGUACAGAAACGAGGGGAGAGAGAUGAGGGGCAAGGCUGGCGGUGCUGGGGAGAGGCUGUUCCAGUGUGUGACAGAGCCGUUCCACGUCCUUUCGGUGAGGACUGGGAGAUUCAGGGCCCGGGGAAGUGGCAUUCCAGCCCUUGCUUGUUUCCUCAAGACAGCAAAAGGUCCGUCAUUCCAUGCUGCGAGACAUCUUGGGGUGUGAUCUGGGGAGAGGUGCGGUGUGAUCAGAGGGAAGCUCUGUCUAAUCCCACUGAUGGCCACGGCAAUCUUCUUCCCACUGCCUUUAACCUGCUCUGUUCCACAGCACUGCCGAGGUGUGCCAGGAGGGUCAGAUCUUCCUCCUUAGGGCUCUGAAGUUCCUGGUGAGGGGGAAGAAUGGUGUUAAGGAACCACCGAGAGCAUUGUGAAGUCUUUCUCUCUCUCGUCCUGCAAGCAGCCUACGUGGUUGGGAGUAUUUUGAAAUGCCGAGAAAUAAGCCAUUACUCUUGUGCUCUCCUUGAAGCCCUUAAUUGGAGCAGGCCGUUUUUGGACUUACUGACCGGGCUCAGGGCCAAAAUAUAUGUAUUUAAAGUACUAAACUGCAGUAUGCAGAACGGAGUCUGCCGUGCAGCAGAACUUUCCCAGGGGAAGGAGGAGGUCAGCGAGUUCUCCUCCGUGAGUUCCUGUCGUUCCUCUGCAGUAAGCAGCCGUCCCACCGCGCUCCGCGAGCGGUAUGGGGGCAUUUCCAGCACUGCCCCUAGUGACACGACUGCUUUCCCUCCUGCUGCAUCACUCUCCUGCUUCGGGCAGGCGAAGUACGAUGUUUGGGCUUAUCCUUCGGUCUCAAAUAAACUCUAUCUCCAGU